AUGUCAAAUAAUAUACCAUCUAUACAAAUUGGUGAUCAACCACAAUUACAUAGAGCAAAUACAACCAAUUUAAAUAAUUCAAAUAAUUCAAAUAAUCCAAAUAUUCAUUCUGAUUCAGAUUUAAUAGGUGGUAAAAAAUCAAAUAAAAUUUAUCAAGUUCAAACUGGUUCAACAACUACAACUACAACUACUUCAGAAUCAGAAGUAGACAAAUUGUUAAAUAAUUUAUCCAAUAAACAAUCAGAUAAUUAUCGAUUAAUUAAAUUUAAUCCAACAAAUGAUAAUUUACAAAAUAUAAAUCAAUUAAAAUCUCAUUUUACAAAACAAGUUUCUUUUGAUAAUAUUAAUAUUAAAGAAGAUGAUGAUGAUAUACCUGAUGAUGAUGAUGAUUUAGGUUGGAAAAAAUAUAAACUGCAAAAUAAACCAAUGAUUGGUUAUUCAAGAGGUAGAAGUUUAAGUCCUUGUCCUGGUAGUGGUAGAAUAAGUCCAAUUGCUUCACCAAAUAAAUAUGAUGAAUUAAGUGGUUUAACACCAUAUGAAUUAAAAAAAUUAGAACAACAUUUAGAAAAAAAUAUGGUUCAAUAUCCAACUAAACCAAUUACAACGUCACGAGGUUGUUCAUUUACUAAGAGACAUAAAUUAUAUGAAAGUUUAUAUAAUUAUAAAUUAUCAAUUAGACCUGUUUUACCACAUAGAACUAUUUUAAUUUAUAUAUCUGCUAGAAUUCAUACUUGGGUUGCUUUAGAUUGGAUACUAAAUAAAUUUAUAGAAAAUGGUGAUAAAAUUAUUAUUGUUGCUGCAAUUGAUGAAGAACCAAUUAAAAGAAAACAUAAACAUACAAUCCCUGUGAAAUCAACAAAUACUUUUCAAAGGUAUAGACAAAGAAAUCAACCAGAAAAUAUUUUAACAAUUUGUAAAGAUAUAAUGAAUUAUUGUAUGACGGUAAUGAAUCCAAAUAUAAUAACAAGAAUAACUGUUGAAUUAGUAACUGGUGAAACAAAACAGGUACUCAAAGAUAUGUAUAGAUUAUAUGAACCAAAUUUGGUAUGUACUGGUACAAAACCAAAUACAAGAACAGGAGCUCCUUUAAAAUCAUGGUUAUCUUCAAAAUUAACUGACAGAUUAGUUAAAAAUUUCCCAUUACCUGUUAUUGUUGUACCUGCAGUUAAUAUGUGUCAAUUUGAAAAUGAAUUAGAAUCAAAUUUAAAUGGUAAAACAACAAUACAUGAAAUUGAAUCAGAUCUGGAUUCAGAAUCAGAUGUUUCAUCAAUUGCAUCUGAUGUAUCUGAUGUAUCCAAUGAAUCUUAUGAAUCAUAUGAUGAAAUUGCAACUCUAUAUAUUGAUUUUAAAAAAGAUUUAUCAAAAGAACUAAAACAAUUGGAAGAAUUGCCAUUAAAUGAAAAUUAUUUUACAAAUUUUGCAAAAUUAAUAUCUGAUACUUCAUUAAAUUUAUGUGAAGAUAUUAUAAAAGUUCAACCUACAUUUACUGGAUCUGGUGCAAAAUUAGCAAGAAUGAUUACUGGAUCAAAUAAUUUUGGUCAUCAGCCAUAUAAAACAAAAUCAUUAUUAGCACCACAAGAAAAGAAACCAACUCCAAAAGAACAUAAAUUAUCAUUUAAAGAAGUACAAGAACAAUUGAAAUUAAAUAAAAUCAAAUCAGAAGAAAAAGAACAAGAAGAAAAUACUCCACCUCCAAAACAAUCAUUAAAAUUUGUUAAUCUUGAAAAACCAACAUCAAAAUCAAAACUGAAUGAUCAUGCAUUAGCCAAAUGUUUAAGUUAUGAUGGUGAUAAUAGAAAACUGGGUUUAAAUAGUUCUAGACUGUCAUUAGAUAAUAAAUUAGAACCAAGAAAUUCACAUCCUGGUUUUAUAAAUUCAAAUCAAACAAGUUCAACUGGUAGCGAUCGAACCAAACUGAAAAAAAAAAGAAAAAGAAAAUUCUUUGGUUUAUUUUAAAUAGACACAAUUCUAUAUAAUGUACUAAAUGAGAUUUAUAUUAUUACUCUUGAUCACUUCAGUUUUGGCUUUUUAUGAUUUCAAUAGUUCAAAUGAAAUAAUUCACUUAAAUUCUAAGAGAAAUUCCGAAGGUUUACAAGAAUUUACACCAAUUAGAGAUACUAUACUACAGUCGGAGGUAAAAUAUUAUUCAUUUAGUGUUAAUACAACUUCAGGUGUUGGUGAAUUUUAUGAAUUAUUAAUCUUUUUAUCAGGUAAUAUUUGUAAUCAACCAGAUAAUUUAGAUUUUAACGAUACUAGUUUAGCAGUAUAUUAUUCUUUUAAUUAUACAAUGUUUCAAGAUAAUGAAGUUGGUCAAAUGGAAUUAUUUACGAAUGGUUAUUUUCAAGCAUUAGCUGAUUUACCAAUAAAUCCGAAUGAUGGUGAAAAAAUUUUAUAUAUUGCUGUCAGAGCACCUCAAAACCUAAAUGUAACUGCUUCAUGGACUUAUCAAAUUGGUGUAAGUCAAUCAGAUUUAGUUUUCCAAUGGGAUGAUAGAUCUUGGGGUUCUUUAGUUGAUUCAGAUGACCAAAGUGCUUUAAUUGUAACUGGUAAUUUAACUUCAAGAUCAAAUGAAGAAGAUUGGGAUCAAAUAAAUGUUACAAAUUCAAGAUAUUUUGUAUAUAUCUAUUCAAUGGAUUUUAAAGAUUAUUUUAAAGGAAUGAAUAAUUCAUGGUGUGCAGUUAGAAAUGGUCCAGCAUUAGUAACACCAAGAGAAAUUGAAAGUUCAUAUACUACAAGAAAUGGUGGUAUUCAACAACAAUUUUAUAUUCAAGGUUUAAAUUCUUCAACUAAAUAUAUUGCUUAUGUUGUUGCUGAUUUUUCAGGUACUGAUUUUGGUGGAGCUGUUUAUCAUCCAUUUGAAUUUGAAACAAUGUCAAAUUCAGCUUGUGAAUUAAUUUAUGAUUUAAAUUUUUGUAAUCGAGUGGCCUAUUCAGUACCAAAAAGUAUAGAAUUUGAUACAAAAGAUUUAUAUGAUAAUCAUACAAGAAAUUUAUAUGUAAAUUUUUCAAAAGCAUUACAACAAAUAUCUUGUGAUACUGUUCCUGAAGCAAUGUAUUCAAAUUUAAAAACAUGUCAAGAUUGUGCAAAUAGUUAUAAAGAUUGGUUAUGUGCAGUUACUAUACCUAGAUGUACAACUAAAAAUCAAACAGGAUAUAAAUUAAGAAAUGAUACAAGUCAAAGAAGUGAUUUUAUAUUAGAUACAAUUAAACCACCAUUAGAUUAUUAUGAAAUUUUACCAUGUGUUAAUGUUUGCCAUGUUAUGGUUAGAGAUUGUCCAGCAGAUUUUAAUUUUAUGUGUCCUACAAGAAAUGAAAGCAUAUCGUUAAGUUAUUAUUGGGAUACAAAUACAUCGAAUCAAUGGCCAAGUUGUAAUUAUGUUGGUAAAACUAUAUUAAAUACAAGUGGUAGCGUUCGACUAAUAAUUAAUUGGCUUUUUUUUAUUUUUAUUUUUUUAAUAAAUUUUAUAUAGACACGCGUAAUGAAUAAUAAUUUACCAUGGUAUGUUAUAGCUAUUUGACUAUUGGUAUUUACUAACAGUUUAGGGUUGAAAAAUAUCGUCCAGAUUCUCUUUCUGAAGUUUUUGGACAACAAGAAAUUGUAGAUACAAUUAGAAAAUUUGUUGAAUCUGGUAAAUUACCUCAUUUAUUAUUUUAUGGUCCACCAGGUACUGGUAAAACAUCAACAAUUAUAGCAUUAGCAAAAGAAAUAUAUGGUAAAAAUUAUAAAAAUAUGGUUUUAGAAUUAAAUGCAUCAGAUGAUAGAGGUAUUGAUGUUGUUCGUAAUCAAAUUAAAAAUUUUGCAAGUACAAGACAAAUUUUUGGAACUUCACAAUUUAAAUUGAUUAUAUUAGAUGAGGCAGAUGCAAUGACUUCAGUUGCUCAAAAUUCAUUAAGAAGAGUUAUUGAAAAAUAUACUAAAAAUUGUAGAUUUUGUAUAUUGGCAAAUUAUAGUCAUAAAUUAAAUCCUGCAUUAUUAUCAAGAUGCACAAGAUUUAGAUUUCAUCCAAUUUCACAAGAUGCAAUAAAAGAAAGAAUAUCAAAUGUUAUAAUUAAAGAAAAAAUAGAUAUUACUUUUGAUGCAUUAGAAUCAUUAAUUAAAUUAUCUCAUGGUGAUAUGAGAAAAUCAUUAAAUGUUUUACAAUCUUGUUUUGCUGCUUGUGAAGGUAAUAAAGAUUCAAAAAUUGAUAUAAAUUUAAUUUAUAAUGUUAUUGGUGCUCCUCAUCCUGACGAUAUAAAACAAGUCUUAAAUUCAAUUUUACAAGAUGAUUUUACAACUGCAUUUUUAAGACUAAGAGAUGUUCAAAAAAAUUGUGGAUUGUCUUUGAUUGAUAUAGUUUCUGAAAUUAUCCAAGAAUUAAAAAAUUACCAAUUAAAAAAUGAACAAAACGUUUAUUUAUAUAAAUAUUUAUCUGAUUUGGAAUAUUAUAUCUCAAGAGGUGGUAAUGAUAAAAUUCAAAGUUCAAGUUUAAUAGGAAUUGUGAAAAAUGGAAUGGAAGUAUAA